ACAAACAUCUCACCACUAAAGAGAUUUUUGUCUUUCUAUUACGUUAUCGUAGUAAUAGAUUUUACAGAUUACAGACAAAUUUGGUCUGGAGCCCAAACUAAGUACUUCGCACACUCUCUCUCUUCCUCACACUGUAUUUUUUUAGAGAGAGAGAGAGCAGAGAAAAGGGAAAAGAAAUAAUAAUAAAGUAUGAUACAUUUGGAGAGUAGGAAGGAAUGAGUAAAGCAAAAACCUUCGUUUUCGUCUUCUUCUUCUCGUCAUUGUUGUUGCCAAGGUUUCUUCAAGUCAAAUAGAUUAAUAAUAAAAAUAGUAUUUGAAAAACCCACUUGCCAAAACUUGGAGAACUUAGUUAAUCUCAGAGACCCAGAAGAAGAAAAAGGAAUUUUUUAAAGAGAAAAAAGUUCGAGAAAGUGAAAUGCUUGUGCCCAUUUGAAACUAUAAUACGAUUAAGCAAUCGAAGAUCCCUGCCAGCAUUGAGUGGAUCUCCGGGCUUCUGGAAAGUACAACUGGGUGAUGAACCGAAGGAAGAAGAUAUAGGAUAAGUGCAGAGAGUCGAAAAUGAAACCUGACACCCCUCUUGAUUAUGCUGUGUUCCAGUUGUCUCCAAAGCGAUCACGAUGUGAAUUGUUGGUCUCUGGCAAUGGAAACACUGAGAAACUUGCAUCAGGAUCAGUCAAACCGUUUGUAUCUCAUUUAAAGUUUGCAGAAGAGCAGGUUGCACUUGCAGUUCAGUCGAUUAAACUUGAAGUUGAGAACUAUAGAAAUGCAGAGACCUGGUUCACUAAAGGAACACUUGAAAGAUUUGUGCGCUUUGUCAGUACACCAGAGGUCUUGGAACUGGUUAAUACAUUUGAUGCAGAAAUGUCUCAGUUGGAGUCAGCUCGAAGGAUAUAUUCUCAGGGUUUGGGAGAUCAAAAAGCUGGCGGAUCGGGUGGGGAUGCAACAGGAAUUACAGCAGCUGCGGAUGCGACAAAGAGAGAGCUAUUACGAGCUAUUGAUGUACGGCUUACUGCAGUUAGGCAGGACUUAAUCACAGCUUAUACUCGUUCAUCUGCUGCUGGUUUCAAUCCUGAUACAAUUUCUGAUCUCCAAGUCUUUGCAGAUCGAUUUGGUGCCCACCGCUUGAACGAAGCUUGUUCCAAAUUUAUAUCUCUAUGUCAAAGAAGACCCGAUGUAAUCAACCAAUGGAUACAAGGUAGUGAUGAUGAUAGAGCCGUAAGAUCAUCUUAUGGGUCUGACAUGUCCAUCGAGGACCCCACUGAAGACUCUUCUUGCCCCCAAAACAAGAGCCAGCAACAACUGGAUUCAUCCCAAGCCCACCUGGACCAAUCAAGACUUGCCACUUGUCAGCAACCCACCUCCUCUUCUCCUACAAUAAGCAACGUAAACGGAAAAAACGAAGUGAAAGAAGAAACCCACCAACCGUUAGAGAAGGAGAAAAAGGAGGAGGCUCUGACUGAGUCAUCUUCUUCUCCCAGUCCAGUGGGUCAUCAUGUCAGGCGACUGAGUGUUCAGGAUCGUAUCAACCUUUUUGAGAACAAGCAGAAAGAGCAAUCUACUAGCAGCAGCGGUAGUGCUGGAAAACCUGUUGUUGGCAAGUCAGUGGAACUCAGGAGACUCUCCUCGGAUGUGUCAUCAGCACCUGUUGGGGUUGAGAAGGCUGUUCUGCGAAGAUGGAGCGGCACAAGCGACAUGAGUAUUGAUUUGAGCGAGAAGAAGGAUAUAGAUAGUCCCUUGUGUACACCCUCUUCUGCUUCCUCUAUUCCUCAAGCUAAGUCUAAUAGUAAUAAUAUAAUAUUGGUUGGUUCUGAAGGUAAGGAUCAGAAGGGAUUGAAUAGUGGUUCAACUUCUUCAUCUAAAAGUGAAAACUUGAGCAGUUCGGUCGGAGUUGGCGAUGUUGGGUUAAAAGAACAAGCUGAGGGCCACACCCAGGCUGUGGUUUCUUCAGGUAUAGAGGAGGAAUCAGGAUCCAAGGGAUGGACUAAUUCUAAGGACCAGGUUGUUUCUCAGACCCAACUCAAGUAUUAUACUUCAAGAGCAGAAAUGGUUGCUAACGAUCAGAAGGUUUCUUUGGAGAAGUUAAAGAAUUCAUUUAAUAGUGAAGAUAGGAGCGGUGUGUUUAAAGAUCAAGCGGGUGUUGGAGUUAAAAAUCAGGCCGGUGUUCGGGUACAGACUGUAAGUCUAGCAAGCAAGGUGGGGGAUGCAUCAUCUGCUGGUGGAUUUGUGAAUAAAGUGAAUGAUUUGGAAAUAGUUGAUCAGCCUGUAAUUCAGUCACGUACAAGGAAUUUCCAGAGUCAUUCUCGCUCUUCUUCUGGACAGUUUGAAUCUGGUAGUGGACUAAAACUUAAGGAACCAUCCUCAAUCCAGCCCAAAUGGCUUGAGGGAGAUCAGCUUCCUUUUCAGCCUCAAUGGAGAUCAUCACCUGCUCGAGGGCUUGAGGGGGGUGAAGUGGACUUAAUAUCGUCAGGUAAGCAACAACUAAAACCUGAAGACUCUGGAGUUCAGAAAAUGAAAUUCCAGAAACAGGUUUCUUCUAAUGAUGAACAGAAACAGAAAUCCCAGAUCCGGAGGAACGAAAGCAGUUUGGCAAACGAAGAGAGCAAAUUAGAUUUUAAAGUUAAAAAGGUCUCAGUAAAUCAAGAGAGUUCGGGUAUAAUGUCAAAACAGCCAGUUGAGCAGGUGCAGAGAGUAAGGCAGACUAAAGGAAAUCAGGAGCGCAACGAUGAGCUUAAGAUGAAGGCAAAUGAACUUGAAAAGCUGUAUGCAGAACACAAGCUUCGAGUUCCUGGGGAUCAGUCUAGUUCUGCUAGGAGAAGUAAACCCACUGACAUGCCAGAAGAAGUGGGUUUAGAUUCGCAGUACAAAAAACUGGCACCAGAGGAUACUUCCUUACAAUUACCUGAGAAAAGCAUGGUGAUGGAAUCAACCAGCGGAUCUAGUAAUGUGGCAAUGUUUAAUACACCACCACCAAGCAAGUUGGUAAAUAACCAUGAUUCCGGGGAUUCUCUGAGGCAGAAUUUCUCUGAUCUUAGUUUUUCUGAUGAUUCUAGGGGAAAGUUUUAUGACAAAUACAUGCAGAAAAGGAAUGCUAAGUUGAAAGAAGAAUGGGGUUCUAAAAGAGUGGAGAAGGAAGCCAAGUUGAUGGCCAUGCAGGAAAGCCUUGAGAAAAGUAGAGCUGAGUUGAUGGCCAAGUUUUCAGGGUCAGCAGACAGACAGGAUCCUGUAUCUACUGCUCGUCGGCGUGCUGAGAAGCUCAGAUCUUUUAAUCUUACUUCUAGUUUAAAGAGAGAGAAGUCAAUGGAUUCAUUUCCAAGCGAAGAAGAUGAGGAAGACCUUUCUGAGUUUCCAGGACAAAAGUUUUAUGGUCAAGAGAGAUUUCUUCGUGAAGCAUCUCCGGGAGAUGGCUCUUCCAGAUCCACUCAAAGUAAAAGACUUUUGCCAAAUAGAAAUUUGUCUUCAUCUACUCGGACCAUGGCAGCACCAGUACCAGCACCAGCACCAAGGUCUUCAUCCAAACUUUCUAACUCCAAUUCAGGGAGGCGAAGAGCACAAUCAGAAAAUCCUCUGGCACAGUCGGUUCCAAACUUCUCUGAUUUCAGAAAAGAAAACACAAAGCCUGCUUCUGGAGUCAGCAAGCCAACGCGUUCACAGGUGAGAACCUAUGCCCGCAACAGGAGUACCAUUGAUGAAGCACCAAGUUUCAAGGAGGAGAAGCCAAGGCGAUCCCAGUCCUUGAGGAAAAGCUCUGCUAAUCCUGCAGAUAUUAAAGAUGUGCCUCCUUUGAGCUCUGAAGGUGUUGUUUUGACACCGUUGAAAUACGAUAAAGAAGAAACUGAGUCUAGUCCAUAUGACAAGUUUCAGAAAAGCAUGGAGACAAAAUCAUAUCUUAGGAAGGGUAAUGGCAUAGGUCCUGGUUCUGGAGCUAGUAUUGCCAAGUUGAAAGCUUCAGUGGCAUUAGAAAAUCUCGAAAAUGAAGAAUUUGAUGAAUUGGGCUCUGAGGCAGAUGAGUUUGUGGACGUAGCUAAGGAAGAAGACGAAGACGAAGACGAAGAGAUUGAUAUUGAAACGACAGAGGUUGAUGAUUGUGCAAAUAAUGGAAAAUCAAGGCUGAGUCAGGGAUCCGAUAAGUCUGGUAAUUCUGAGUUUGAUAAUGGUGAUUUUACAAGGUCACUUUCUCAAGCUGCUUCAGUUGCAGAAUUACCUGCUGCUAUUCCUUCAGCAUUUCAUGUUGUAGGGUCUAUUCAAGACUCACCUGGAGAAAGCCCUGUUUCUUGGAAUUCACGCAAUCACCUUCCAUUUUCUUACCCACAUGAAACCUCUGACAUUGAUGCUUCAGUGGACUCUCCAAUUGGGAGCCCUGCUUCUUGGAAUUCUCAUGGUCUUGCUCAAACAGAGGCUGAUGCAGCUAGAAUGAGGAAGAAAUGGGGAAGUGCUCAGAAGCCUAUUAUUGCUUCUAACUCAUCCCACAAUCAAUCCCGCAAGGACAUGACUAAAGGUUUCAAACGGCUAUUAAAGUUUGGAAGAAAAACUCGUGGAACUGAGACUUUAGUCGACUGGAUCUCUGCUACGACUUCUGAAGGUGAUGAUGAUACAGAAGAUGGCCGAGAUCCUGCCAAUCGAUCAUCAGAGGACUUAAGGAAGUCAAGAAUGGGCUUCUUUCAGGGGCCUUCCGACGACAGCUUCAACAACGAAGGCGAAUACAUUGAGCAUGCUCCACGCUCAUUCUUCUCGCUCUCUUCGUUCCGAGGCAAAGGAAGUGAAUCAAAGCCAAGAUGAGUAACCACAAAACAGCAAGGCUAUGGAUCUUCAGACAAGUUAGGGUGUAAAGGAUGAUAUAAUAAAUAUCAAAAGCUUGAGAUAGGGAUGACACGACGAUGGGUAUAAGAUCCACGAUGGAAUUAUGUAUAUCUUACUGGAUUUUCGAGGCCUUUGUGGUCAUUUAGUUAGUCAUAUAUAUGAUCAUAUCUUAAUAGUGUUGUGUCCAAAUAUGGUGUAUAUUUUUUCUGAACAUUGAUGAGUCGCUUAUUGGCGUAAUGUAAUUGUGAUUUUUGGUAGUUAAAAGAGGCAUUCUUUCUCCUUGUUACUUCUAGUUUUGUGUGAUGUAUAUCUAGUUAAAAUCAGCAUUGGUGACAUUUUUAAGAAGUGAGAGAUGAUAUAGCUUGUAAAGACAUGAAACUAUUUUUUCAACUCAUCAUUUCUUAUUAAUAUACCUGCUCUUGCUAUAUUA